GCAGCCAGAGGUGGUGGUGGCGGUGCAGAGCUGUGUGCCUAGCAGCCAGAGACUCCACCCGCUGAGGUUCCGCAGUCUAGACUCUGCAGCCCUAGUGCAAAGUGACUCUCCUUUCCUGACUUUUUCCUGUUUGCAUCCUUCGGAGAUGACGGUUGUGUGUGCAGCGGCAGCUGUCCGGUUCUUGUUCCUGUUUACAACGAUGGCUCUCUGCAGCCUCCCUCUGCUCGGAGCCAGCGCCACCUUGAACUCAGUUCUCAUCAAUUCCAACGCCAUCAAGAACCUGCCCCCACCGCUGGGUGGUGCUGGGGGGCAGCCGGGCUCUGCUGUCAGCGUGGCGCCCGGAGUUCUCUAUGAGGGCGGGAACAAGUACCAGACUCUUGACAACUACCAGCCCUACCCGUGCGCAGAGGAUGAGGAGUGCGGCACUGAGGAGUACUGCUCCAGUCCCAGCCGCGGGGCAGCCGGCAUUGGAGGCGUACAGAUCUGUCUGGCUUGUCGAAAGCGCAGGAAACGCUGCAUGAGGCACGCUAUGUGCUGCCCCGGGAACUACUGCAAAAACGGAAUAUGCAUGCCAUCUGAUCACAGCCAUUUACCUCGAGGGGAAAUCGAGGAGAGCAUCGUUGAAAACCUUGGUAAUGACCACAACGCUGGGGAUGGAUAUCCCAGAAGAACCACACUGACUUCAAAAAUCUACCAUACCAAAGGACAAGAAGGCUCUCUCUGCCUCCGAUCAUCUGACUGCGCUACAGGGCUGUGUUGUGCAAGACACUUCUGGUCCAAGAUCUGUAAACCUGUCCUUAAAGAAGGUCAGGUAUGCACCAAACACAGGCGGAAAGGCUCCCACGGGCUGGAGAUAUUUCAGCGCUGUUACUGUGGGGAAGGUCUGGCUUGCAGGAUACAGAAAGAUCACCAUCAAGCCAGCAAUUCUUCGAGGCUCCACACCUGCCAGAGACACUAAACCGACAGUCUAAAUGCGAUGGACUCUCUUAUCUAAUAUAUGCUAUGAAAAUCCUUUAUGAUUUGUCAGCUCAAUCCCAAGGAUGUAGGAAUCUUCAGUGUGUAAUUAAGCAUUCCGAUAAUACCUUCCAAAAACUCUGGAGUGUAAGGACUUUGUUUCUUGAUGGAACUCCCCUGUGAUUGCAGUAAAUUACUGUGUUGUAUAUCCUCAGUGUGGCACUUACCUGUAAAUGCAACAAAACUUUUAAUUAUUUUUCUAGAGGUGCUACAUUGUCUUGUUUCUCUUGCAUGUAAAUUUUUUUGUACACGGUUGAUUGUUUUGACUCAUAAAUAUUCUAUAUUGAAGUA